AGUUGAACAAUCCUUGUUCACCUCAUCAGUUAAAACAAUUGUGUCAUUAUGCAAAAUGAGUAUUUGAAUAAAAAUCUCAAAUAAAGACAAGAAACCCGCCCAAAAUGGAUGAAGACGAUAUAUCCGUACGAGUGGCUGUGAGGAUCCGUCCUCAGACACCACGCGAGAUCAUCGAUAUGUGCCAUGUCUGCACCACAGUAACACCAGGCGAACCUCAAGUCACAUUGGGAAAUGACAAGUCCUUCACGUACAAUUAUGUGUUCGAUAUGGAAUCGGAACAGGUGGAAAUUCACGAAAACUGUGUGGCCACCUUAGUUGAAUCGUCCCUCGAAGGGUACAACGCCACUGUUCUCGCUUAUGGACAAACGGGCUCGGGCAAGACCUAUACCAUGGGCUCGGGGUUCGAUGUGGAGGUGAAAGACGAGCAGAAGGGCAUCAUUCCGAGGGCCAUCCACCAACUUUUCGAUGGCAUCCAUACAAGAAUCGACAAGGCUCAGGAAUGCGGUAUGCUGCCGCCGGAAUUCAAAGUCACGGCACAAUUCAUGGAGCUUUAUAAUGAAGAAGUUAUCGACUUGUUCAAUCCCUCCUAUAGUAAAGACAAAGUGUACAAAAUCCACGAAGAUCCUUACGGUGGCAUCCAAGUAAAAGGAGUAACAUUCAAAACCGUCGUAUCUGCCGAAGAAGCCCUACAGUGCCUCAGGAUAGGGGCAUUGUCUCGAACGACGGCCAGCACUCAGAUGAACACCCAGUCCUCGAGAUCACACGCAAUAUUCACCUUACACAUCAAACAACAACGACUAGUUCCUUCCGAAGACGAAUCAGCCAAUGAGUUCGAGACCCUAAGUGCCAAAUUCCACUUUGUCGAUCUAGCAGGAUCGGAGAGACUGAAGAGGACCGGAGCCACAGGGGAGCGACAAAAAGAAGGAAUUUCGAUCAACUGUGGUCUGUUAGCUUUAGGAAACGUUAUUUCAGCUUUAGGAGACAAGACUAAGCGGGCAUUGCACGUACCUUAUAGAGAUUCUAAGCUCACCAGGCUGUUGCAGGACAGUCUCGGUGGCAAUAGCCAAACUGUGAUGAUUGCUUGCGUCAGUCCUAGUGAUAGAGACUUUAUGGAGACGUUGAAUACUUUAAAGUACGCCAACAGGGCGCGUAAUAUUAAGAAUAAGAUAUUUAUUAAUCAGGAUAAGAGUUCGAAGACUAUAGCACAGCUGAAGCAGCAGAUAGCCCAGCUGCAGCUGGAGCUUGUAGAGUACAAACAGGGUAAACGUAUAGUAGGAGAAGAUGGCACGGAAACAGUCAACGAUAUGUUUUACGAAAACAAUAUGCUGCAAGGUGAAGUCAAUAACUUACGAACAAGAGUUAAAGCCAUGCAAGACACUAUAGACGCCCUUACUCUGAAAAAUACUAAUCUCCUAGCUGAAAAGGUUACUGGAGCUUGGAUCUCUGGCGCACCUGGAAGUGAACAAGAUGUCACCUACAUGGUUCAAGGCUAUUUGAAAGAAAUAGAGGAGCUACGAGCAAAGUUAAUGGAAUCUAACAACACUUGCGAACAACUGAGGAAACAAUUAACACGUUCACACGAACUACAACAUCUGUCUUUGUUAGAUUCUUCUAUUGAAGAACACGCCUCGCUAAUAACAAAAGCUAAGUUGGAUCUCCAAAGAGAGAAGGAAGCUCUCAAUCGAAGAUCAAUUGAAAUGGAGAAUGAUACAGAAGGUGAAACUGAUAAUGAUACAGAAAGUGAGAGCGAUGAGAAAGAACUUCACAACGAACUCAAUAAUGAGCUCAUCACCCUUACCAAUGAUAUAGAUAUGAAACAAAAAUUAAUCGAUGAGUUAGAGCUAUCACAGCGAAGAAUGCAGACCAUGAGACAACACUAUGAAGAUAAACUUCAGCAGCUUCAAGUUAGGAUUCAAGCUACUCAAGACGAGAGAGACAAAAUCUUGCAUUCUUACAGUGCACACCCAGAACCGUCAGAUAAAAUCAAGAAGGUAAAAGAUGAGUACACCAAGAAAUUGUCAGAUAUGCAGAAGGAAUUGAAGCGGCUACAAGCAGCACAGAAGGAACAUGCUAGGCUAGUAAGAAGUCAAAGUCAAUAUGAGAAUCAGCUGAAGUCGUAUAAGAAUGAGGUCCUGGAGAUGAAACGAACCAAAGUGAGGCUGAUAAACAAGAUGAAAGAAGAAUCUCAAAAGCACAAAGAAGCUGAGCUGAGAAGACUAAGAGAAAUCGCCCAGCUCCGUAAAGAAUCAAGAAAAAAUGCAAAUGUAAUCAAGUCAAUGCAAAACGAAAGAAAAAUUAAGGACCAAGUCUUGAAACGUAAACAAGAAGAAGUGUCAGUAUUGAGGAAAAAUCAAAGAGGACGGCUUAGUUACAAAGCUGCUGGUCGAAUUACCAAACACUUUUCUGAAAAAGUUGCCAAGCUGAAGUGGCUGAAAGUAGAAAAAGCAAUAAAUAAUAUCACCUUGAGCAAAAAAGGGCUUGUUGAACAAGAAGUUAGAAUGGAACAUUUUCUUGAGAAACGUGAAGUACUAGGUAAGGAAUUGGAGGCUUUGGAAGAAAGGAGAAAACAAGCUGUUGGAAGGUAUCAAGACACAACUCAGUUGGACAGUUACAUCGAGGAUAUAAAGGAGAAUAUCAACUAUGUGCAGGAAACUAUCAGUGAGACACAGCAUAAUGUGAUGGAAAUCGAAGAAACACAAGAUCCACAUGAAGAUACCGACUUACAGCACAUUGUAACGUCACUCCAGGAUGUAGAUGAAGCGAAAUAUAUCAUUCAGAAGUUGUAUAAUAUGACGUUAAGUCAAAGCCACGCCGUUGCACAAAGAGAUGCCAGACUUAAAGAGAAUGAGGCUACAUUGGCAGAGUUACAACAAGAAAACAAUGUAAAAGGACAACUAUUGGAUCAUGUACUUCAUAAUGAAAUUCCUAUAUUCUCUAAAGAGCUGAUAACUAGUAUAUCAAGUAAUACUAAUGAUACUACCAGUUCUAACUCCUCUAGAUCUUCUUCACCUGCACCUUUAGAUAUGCAUUUAUCUGUUUCCGAAUCUCACCAGUCGCACACACAUUCGAGUCGUUCAAAAAUAAGAAGGAGGACUGCUCAACCAUCAGAAAUGUUAUUUGGGUUGAACCCACAACACGAAAUGAGUCAUUCUCAGGAUUCAACAUCUCUCCGAUUGGACUAUGGCCUGCAUAGGGUUCCGAGUGUCCCUGGAACUCUUAAGUUGAAUUCCUGAUGAUCCAUGAAAUGAGGGUAUCCUCUAGUGAUAACAGCAGUCCCGAAAGGCAAGGUAUUUUUCGAUACGCCUGUGUGAAUCAUUUUCAUGUCAUUACGUUUGUUGAUGGUACUACAAUGAUGUUAUUUAUAUUGUUUUUAUUAAGUUUAUUGUUAUUAUACUUAUUUAUUCCUACAUGACAUUCAAUACUAAUUGGAAAUCUAUUAUACAUAUUGACAAAUGUGCCUAUCAAAGAUGUGUAUGCAGAGUCGUCUUCCUUCAUGAUCAAAUAAUAUGCUUUGUUCAAAAUGGGGCCUUCUGAUGAAAAAUUUUGAGCUGAUAAGCUGUUUCAUGAGAAAAGUUUGAUAAUUAUUUUAUAUUAUGGGCAGUUGUGUACUGAAAAAUUGCGCACAAAUUUUGCAUAAUUUCGUAUCUGUGCUUAUAAAAAGAGGACAAGUUUCUAUGAAUGUAUUUCCGAAUAUAUUCAAUCAAAAAUGAAGAAAAUAAUAUGUGGAUAUGUUUAAUAGAUUUUCAUAACAACAAAAUGUAAUUCGAAGCAAUCUAAUGCAAAAACCAAUUAUUAAUUUUCUAAUUUGUAUAAAAAAAAUUAAAUCAGUCAUAAAUAAUGUCCAUAUUUUUGUCUAAUUAUAUUACUUCAUGUAAUGAUAUUGAAAUGCACUAAUAUAUACAUAUGAAUACU